ACCCGUUCCCAGCAGUGCCCCCACCUGUGCCCAGCAGUGCCCCCACCUGUGCCACUCUGCAGUGCCACCUACCUGUGCCCAGAAGUGCCACCUACAUGGGCCCAGCAGUGCCACCCACCUGUGCCCACCAGUGCCACCCACCUGUGCCCACCCACCAGUGCUGCCCACCAGUGCCACCCACCAGUGCAGCCCAGCAGUGCUGCCAGUCAGUGCCACCAGUCAGUGCCCAGGGGUUGUGCCAGUCAGUGCCGCCAGUCAGUGCCCAGAAGUGAUGCCAGUCAGUGCCGUCUAUCAGUACCCAUCAUCAGUGUCACCUAUCAGUGCCGCCUAUCAGUGCUGCCUAUCCGUGCCACCUCAUUAGUACUGCCUAUCAGUGCCCUUUAG